GGCCACGUGAUUCGGUGUCAAAGGUCACCGCCACCACAAUGGAGCUCUCCGAGCUGGUGCUGCAAGGGCUGCGGCUUCUAGCCGAGCCUGAGCCCUUCGAUAGCCGCACGUACGCGGCCUUUGUUCAGAUCGCCUUCCGUGGCCUCGUCUCUCCGGAACUCGACGCCGCACUGCUCGGCGACCCCUUGUUAAAGCACGUCGCCCCGACGAUGUUACACCAGUGUCACGUCGCCGCCACAACCUGCAUCGUGGAAUUUGCCAAAGUGAAUGCGGACAAGUCGACCAUCGGAGCCUUCCUUGAAGACUGCAAGUUUGAUGGAGACAGAAUUGACAUUUUUUACGAGGAGUACCAGAAAAACAAAUUAAAGGUGGAAGGCUUGCUAGGAAGUUUAGGAAGAUGUCCGCCGCACGUCUGCGAUGUCACUUGGCGUCUGGAUUAUCAGAUCAAGAACAGCCACGUGCACCGAGUGGACGAGCCCUUCUAUCUGAUUACACUCCAGUCCGAGAAAAGGAUGUCGGAGCCCACGGAUGAAAUUAGUUUUAGCUGCACGAUGGAGCAACUGCAGGAUUUGCUGGGGAAAAUGAAAGACGCCUCAAAAGCUGUGGAAAAGGCCGCUCAAAUAACGAAGCCGCUACGCGCGUCUCGGGUGCCAUCAGCACGAGGGCUCAUGGAGCGGACCCGUCGACGGGCUGCUGCCAUUGUGUGCACACAACUUUCUCAUAUGCGCUUCUACUUCGGAGCUAUGAUUUAUGACAAGUGGCUGCACGGUGCGCCCAUUCAGAGCCGCUUCACGAAGCUUCGAGUCGGCGGGCUGCUGUCACCUCACGGCUUCCCCCCGGCGCCUCCAGCCAACGCCAUGCAUCGAACCACACGGAUCAAGAUAACGGAGCUGAAUCCGCACCUGAUGUGCGUUCUGUGCGGCGGGUACUUCAUAGACGCGACGACCAUCAUCGAGUGCCUGCACUCCUUUUGUAAAACGUGUAUUGUCGGCUAUUUGGAGACCAGCAAGUACUGUCCGAUCUGCGACGUGCAGGUGCACAAGACGAGGCCUCUUCAUAACAUCAGGUCGGACAAAACUCUACAAGACAUCGUCUAUAAAUUAGUGCCGGGACUCUUCAAAAAUGAGAUGAAACGAAGACGCGAUUUCUAUGCUGCUCACCCUUCUGCGGAUGCUACAAAUGGCUCAAAUGAAGAUCGGGGAGAAGUCGCAGAUGAAGACAAACGCAUAAUCACAGAUGAUGAAAUCAUCAGCCUUUCUAUCGAGUUUUUCGAUCACAGCAAAACAGAAAAGCAAGGAAGCAGUGAGAAAGCCAAAGCCAAAGACGAGGCCAAUGACAAGCGGUAUCUGCGGUGUCCUGCAGCCAUGACCGUCAUGCAUUUGAGGAAGUUUCUGAGAAGUAAGAUGGACAUUCCAUGCACCUUUCAAAUUGAAGUUAUGUAUGAAGACGAACCCCUAAAGGAUUACUACACGCUUAUGGACAUUGCCUACAUUUACACAUGGAGAAGGAAUGGACCAUUGCCUUUAAAGUACAGAGUGCGACCGGCCUGCAAAAGGAUGAAGAUCCACCAUCAGCAGCAAGCCGGGCCGAACAGCACGAGCGUCGACAUGGAGAGCGACUCUGGCAGCGACAAAGCAAGCAGCCCGGCCGGAGUGCCGUCCACGUCGUCGUCUUUACCCAGUCCUUCCACCCCAGUCCAGUCUCCCCAUCCACACUUUCCGCACAUCUCCACUACGGUUAAUGGUUCCUCGGCCGGCCUGAGCCCAAGUCACCAGUCUCCCUUUGCCAACAAAGCUCGAAAAGCCUCCCUUAAUGGAUCCUCGACGUCUUCGGGAUGAUCUUUGAGUGACUCUUUGGAGGAUGACGGACAGCAAUGACUUGGAGCCUCGAUGCCAUUACAGCUCUUAUAGUAGAACCCUCUUUUUUUUUUGUAAUCCGAGUACAUUUUCUAGUGAGAUUGCUUUCUGGAUAGAAGCAGCUGGACACUUCAUUUGUAUUUGCUGUGACUUCCGUGUUUCUUGAUGUGUAAGCAAAAUGGCCUUCAUGAGGAUGACUUGCCGUUUCACCGAAGGAGAAACUAAAGACAAAGUAAUGGGAACAGCUUGGUCACCCCCUGCACCCUGUAACUUGGCAUUUUGUUUUCUAUGCCCGGAUGUGGUGGCACCACUGCCAUGCAGUUUGCUUCAAACUUUGCUGAGCCUCUUGAGUACGUGUGUGUGUGUGUGUGUGUGUGAGUGUGAGAGACUGACUGAUCUUCAUCCAUCCACGUGUCCUAAACAGAUGUGUGAAAAGCACACCCUGGUCAACUCUGUUCAUUGUCGUGUCGCCAUAUUUGGGGCUCAGCUGGCGUGGCAUUUCUGGGGAUGAUUGGCUUUGGGCCCCGCCAGUGUGAGUUUGUGUUUCAUGGCGGUGCCAGCCUGUGAUGGAGUGCAGGAUAGUAUUAAUGCUGAAUGAGGGGCUUCUCAGUAAUUGAGUUGGCCUCCUUUGAGAAGUCGGACCUCAUCUCACUUUUUCUAAUAUGACCAAUGGGUUGGGGGUCAAUUGUGGAUGAUAAGCUUUGUGAAUAAAAGAAGAAUACUAUUUUUUUUUUUUGGAAAACAUGCCGAUAUUCGUGUAAAUGUCCCUUUUUCAGUAUAAAAUGUACAGUUCAUUUUCA